CUCUCUCAUAUAUAUGUAUCUCUCUCUCUAUCUCAUAUCUCUGUUUUUCUCCGUGUUAUCGUCCUUGCGCGAUGUCGCGCGAUGCCAACGUCGCGACGACGAUGUCGCGGAUUUCGGCUGUCACAUCUGAACACGCGUAGCGCCCUAGGUAGCCCAGGUCCCGUUGUCCCCGUGUCCCUCGACCCUACCGGGAUCCACCGCCGUCGACCAUGAGCUGCGUGCGCUGCUGCCUGAUCAGUGCGGGUCGCUUAGCCUCCUCUAACCAUGUCACCAGUCACGUGCACAAAAUCGUCCGGGUCGUCGUGGCCAGCAGAGCCCUGACGACCAGCGGCAGCCUGGGCAAGGCCCCCACGGAGCCCACGCCACCCUCCAAGGACACCGUCCCGUCCAGCGGAUCCUCGAGCAGCGGCACAGGCGGCGGGAAGAAGAACACGCUCACCUGCCCCAAGUGCGGCGAUCCCUGCACGCACGUCGAGACGUUUGUUUCAUCCACGAGAUUCGUCAAGUGCGAGAAGUGCCAUCAUUUCUUCGUUGUGCUGUCGGAGAUCGACUCCAAGAGAAGCUUGAAGGAGGCGCUCAGGCCGGAGGACGGCAAGCAAGGGUUUUACAGGAAGCCACCUCCACCUCCAAAAAAGAUAUUCGAGUAUCUAAACCGACACGUCGUGGGCCAGGAAUACGCGAAGAAGGUGCUGAGUGUUGCGGUUUACAAUCACUACAAGCGGAUUUACAAUAAUUUGCCGGCCCAGAACUCGCAGGCGCAGACUAACGUUAACCCGGUCAGCACGCAGGAGACAAAUCAUCCCUUCACUCACAGAGGUCCUAAACCACAUUUACUGCAUAUAUCAGGCAUCGGAAAUCCGUUUCCAGGAGUCGGGUUUCAGCACACGGUGAAUCCGGGAGGCGAGCAGAAGGCGAGCAGCCAGACGGCUCCUGGAUCGGCGAUAUUAGACAGCAAGCAGCAUCAGUUGAAGCUGGAAAAGAGCAACAUACUGUUGCUCGGGCCUACGGGUUCCGGCAAGACGUUACUCGCGCAAACGAUCGCGCAAUGCCUGGACGUCCCGUUCGCGAUCUGUGAUUGCACCACUCUCACGCAGGCCGGCUACGUCGGCGAGGACAUAGAGAGUGUCAUAGCUAAGCUCCUUCAGGACGCCAACUACGUGGUGGACCGUGCUCAGAUGGGCAUCGUCUUCUUAGACGAAGUCGACAAGAUAGGUGCCAUCCCCGGGAUCCACCAGCUGCGCGACGUGGGCGGCGAAGGCGUGCAGCAAGGGAUGCUCAAGAUGCUGGAGGGGACGAUUGUGAACGUGCCGGAGAGAAACAGCUCGAGAAAGUUGCGCGGGGAAAUGCUGCAGGUGGACACUACGAAUAUUCUUUUCGUUGCGUCGGGCGCUUACAGCGGCUUGGACAGGUUGAUAGCGCGACGCAAAUCGGAAAAGUAUCUCGGAUUUGGCGCGACGCCCGCGGCUGAGAGCCCGGGCAGGAGAGCGGCGACUUUGGCCGACAUCGCCAAUAUGUCACCUUCCACCGAGAGAGACAAUAAGGAGAAGGACAUGCUGUUGCAACAAGUGGAAGCCAGAGAUCUCAUCGACUUCGGCAUGAUACCCGAAUUCGUCGGCAGAUUCCCCGUGCUCGUGCCUUUCCACACCCUCGACAGAGACAUGCUAGCGAGAAUUCUCACCGAACCAAAAAACGCCAUCGUUCCUCAGUAUCAGAUGCUGUUCUCAAUGGACAAGGUGGAGCUGACGUUCGACACACACGCUUUGAACGCAAUUGCAUCUUUGGCAAUGGAAAGGAAAACGGGGGCGCGGGGCUUGCGAGCGAUAAUGGAGUCGCUGCUUUUGGAACCGAUGUUCGAAGUACCCGGGAGCGACAUAGUGUCCGUUCACAUUACAGAACAGUGCGUGAAAGGCGCUGAGAAGCCGCAAUACGUGAAGCGAGACGAUAGCAAUGACGAUGACAUUCAGCAGGCGCAGCAUGUACAUAAUUAACAAAUAAUUAAAGAAUGCGACACUUUGGUAUAACUGCUCCCUUAUCGAUAGGUGGACAAUUUUUAGGCAAAAAUUGAGCUAGAUCAUUCGCAUAAAUCGCUAUUUUAAUUAUUUUAUAAAGGACAUAAUAUAUUCUUCUUUUCAUAUAAUUAUUUUGUGUAAAACGAGAGUAAUACGAGAACAACGCAUACGUAGUUUUCAAGCUGUCUUGUAUAUUUACAAUAUAUUCUGAAAUUGUAAUUGUUUCUAUUUUUUUUUGCUACAGUGAAUUUCUUUCUAUUUUGGAUAUUGUGUAUAAUAUUGGACUUAUUUGCUGCACUAUUAACUAUACAUAUCGGAAGGAGAAGGACGUAUUUGGACACGUGUUUCGCCUUUUCGUAUAUGUGUUUUUGUUUCCAAAGACUAUCUCGAAAGCUAUUUUUUAUGACGGAACCACACCUGUUGCAGAAUAACAGUAAUAUAGACACGAAUGCCAAUACGCUUUAGAUAACUAUUUGAUUUCGUAAUAAGAAUGAUAUUGCAAGUUGUAAGUCACAUGUGUCUUGCGUUUUGCCAACUUGGAACACGCAUUAUAAAUGCCUCUUCCAAGAGAAAGUGUCGCAUCAAAAUAGAAAAUGUCAGAAUAUACAGACCUAAUUCUUACUCGACAAUGGGAAAAGUGUAAAUAAAUUUUGUAUCGUUUAAUUCAUUCGUAUUGCAGGGAAAGUCAAAAAAUCAUACAUAAUAGCAUUCCACAUCCAAUCGAGUUUUGCAUCCUGCAUGCAUUUAUUGAGGGUAACAUCGAAAGUAAAGCGGCGUAAUACGCGCUCGUAUCUAAUAGCAGAAUAUCGUAAAGAGAUUAAAGAAAUUAAAAUAUAUAUGCGCAUUCAAUCGUAUCAGCGUCAUCGAAUCCGAUUUGACAACGUAAAUGCUAUACGUUUGACGCUGUGAAACGAACUUCCAUUAUGAUAUAAAUUCAGGUAAAUUGAUAUUAUAAUGUUAAACGGACUGGCUUAUGAUACGGAAACAAAAGAUUCCGCUCAAUUAAAUACGAAAUUGUAACAAGCCAUACAAUAAAGAGAAUUUUAAUGUAACCCCACUCAUAAUAAAUUUUCGUAUAUUGUCACGCCGGGAUUGUUUGUAAAAAGAUCACUAUUGUUACGCGUUGUUUAAGAAACAAAAAGAAACAUUUUUGUAGCGCAGUAAUUUUAAUAAACACGACAUUAGUGCUCGUUUUUCCGAUAACGGGAGAACGUCGGUCACAAGAGUAGAUGAAGAAAAUGAAGAACGAUAUAAAUGAUUAUUUUUAUGACAAAACAAAUAGAAAUAUUCAUGUGUAAUAUAUUGUACAUAGUAGAGUAGAUUAGUGAAGAGGAAAGUCUAUAUGUAUGAUGAGCGAAUUAUACGAUUAUCCAUUUGACUAUAGAGUAUAAACAUCCUCGCUAAUUAUCGCUAAUUUACUUACUGAUUAAAACGGCGCAAAAGAAGAAAGAAAAAAAAACCAGGCUGUGCAAAAUAAUAACACGGAGUGAAGAACGUUUGCAUAGAAUUUUUUCCUAACUCUCACAGUGAUCUGAUGUCCUAUAUAGAACAAUUCUGUAUUUGUAAUAAAUCUAUAAUGUGGAACUGUA